GGGGGGGCUGCUGUGCGGUGGUGUUAUAUCUGUAUUCUUAGAGAGGAUGAAUUAAUCAGUGGGGAUGAGUGGAUAGCCAAGUUCCCAUCUUUGUUUGUAUUGUUACGAAGUGAGCAUGCUGGGCAAGCACUAAACCAUUACCAACUUUCUGAUACAGUUGAAAAAAGUAAGCUGAGACUUUUCAUGGCUUACAAGUUCUGCAUGAAACAUCGAGGACCUUGUAGCCAUUUGAGAACACCAAGAACAUCCUCUAGACAUCACCUUCAAGCUCCAGAUUCUCAGUUCCAAGGGCCAAACCCAACAGAAUUACGGUGUGAAACCUAG